UUGAAAUGCAUUGCAGGAGCAGAACAGCUUUUGAAAAGAACAAGACAGAUGUGUUCAGGAUCAAAACCAAUAGUGUUGGGCAAAUAAAAAAAAUAAGGGUCGAGCAUGACAACACUGGGAUGAAUGCGAGCUGGUUCCUUGAUAGAUUGGUGGUCACGGACAUGAACAGACCCCACCUCCGUUAUUAUUUCCCUUGUAACAACUGGCUCAGCAGAGAGGAGGGGGAUGGACGCUACGUGAGAGAUCUGUUGGGCAGCCUCAACCCUAUGGAUGUACCAAAACUCAACAAGUAUAUUGUUAGUGUAUUCACUCCAGACAUUAAGGGCAGUGGUACAGAUGCAGAUGUUUUCCUAAAUAUAUUUGGAGAAAAUGGAGAUACAGGUGAAAGAAGGCUCGACAAUGACAAAAACAACUUUGAACGGGGGUCUGAGGACAAGUUUACCAUUGAGGCUCCCAAUUUGGGACGGUUGAGGAAGAUCACCAUUGGCCACAACAACAAGGGCUCUUCCGCUGGCUGGUUUCUCGACAAGGUAACAGUUGAUGAUAUGGGCAACAAAGCUGUGUAUGAGUUCCCAGUGAACCGCUGGUUUGCAAUGGAUGAAGAUGACGGCAAAAUCCAGCGGGACAUCCUGGUAGGAGGCAGCCAGGUCACAGGUAUUGUUUACAACGUCUCUGUGGUGACUGGCAAAGUCAGAGGUGCUGGCACCAACUCCAAGGUUCAUAUUCUCAUGCAUGGCUCCAAGGGCAUCAAGACCAGCGGUAAGAUCUUCCUGGAGGGGGGUCAGUUUGAGCGGGGGCUGACAGACAUCUUCAAUGUGGAGAUUGCUGCGCUGCUCAGCCCUCUUAGCAGAGUCACCAUCGGGCAUGACAACAACGGGGUCAGCUCGGGAUGGUUCUGUGAAAAGGUGAUAGUGUACUGUCCAUUCACUGGUAUUGAGCAGACGUUCCCAUGUGAUAAAUGGCUGGAUGAAGACGAGGGAGAUGGGCUGAUCGAAAGGGAGCUCUAUGAAAUGGUGUCCCUCCGGCAAAAGAAACAGAGAAAACUACCAUGGUCACUGUGGAUCUGGACCAGUGACAUCAAGAAUGCUGGGAGCGAUGCCAAUGUCUUCCUUCAGAUCUAUGGGGAGAAGGGGAAAUCAGAUGAAAUGAGACUGGACAACAACUCAGAUAACUUUGAAACUGGUCAAACAGAUAAGUUCAUGAUCGAACUUCCUGAUUUGGGUGAUCUUUUCAAGCUUAGAAUUUGGCAUGAAAAAAGAAACCCAUUUGCAGGCUGGCAUUUAAAUAAGGUCACCUUGUUGAAGACACUGUCAAAGGAGAAGUACACAUUUAACUGUGGCCGAUGGCUGGAUAUGAAUGAAGAUGACAAUGAGAUUAUCAGGGAGCUGCCAGCAGAAGGACUACUGGUUAAAAAACCUCUGCCAAUUGUAAAGUACAGAAUCACCAUCUACACAGGAACCAAGAGCGGGAGUGGCACAGAUGCCUCUGUCUUUAUUUGUCUCUAUGGUGACAUGGGAGACACGGGAGAGCGGGUCUUGUACGCCAGCAAGAACAAUGUCAAUAAAUUUGAAAGUGGAAAUGCAGACGAGUUCCUUAUCGAGGCGGUGUCUUUGAAGCAGAUGAGGCGAGUGAGAAUCGGACACAACGGCAGAGGUGGUGGCUGCGGCUGGUUCCUGGAUAAAGUAAUAGUAAGGGAGGAAGGACAGCCAGAAACACAGGCUGUCGAAUUCCCUUGUAACAGGUGGCUUGACAGGAAUGAAGAUGAUGGUCAGAUCGUUCGAGAGCUAGUGCCAGCUGGAGAAGCACCAAUGCUUAGAAACAUCAGUUACCACAUUGCGGUGAAGACAGGCAGUAUUCCAGGUGCCAGCUCAGACUCCAAGGUGUUUGUCAAGCUCUAUGGAGAGAAGGGGGACACUACCAAACAGCUCCUGGUGGUCUCUGACAAUGACCUGCGCAAUUACUUUGAAACAGGACAUACUGAUAUUUUCACAAUUGACACUAUGGAUAUUGGAAAGAUCAACAGGCUCCUGAUUGGACACAACAACGAAGGCUUGCGUGCUGGUUGGUUUCUUGACAGUGUUCAGAUUAAGGUGCCUGUCCAUGGGAAGCAGUACAUGUUCCCCAGUCAUCGCUGGCUCUGCAAAGACGAGGCUGAUGGGAAGGUGGAGGUGGAGAUCUACCCCAGCGAAAUACUGGACAUUGAAAAAUUGGAUAACUAUGAAAUUACAGUGCACACUGGCAACGUUCUGGCUGCGGGCACUAACGCCAGCGUCUUCAUCCAGAUUUAUGGGGAGAAAGGAAAGACAGAGUUAAUCAGCCUUCAGAACAGAUCGAACAACUUUGAACGAGGAUCAACAGAAGUGUUUAAGGUGGAAGCCGCAGACAUUGGCAAGCUCUUCAAGAUUCGGAUCGGCCACAAUGGGAAGGGUGCUAUGGACGGCUGGUACCUGGAGUCAGUCAUCAUCAAGCACCUCACCACCUCGAUACCCGAGGAGGUGGUGGAGACCUACACCUUCCUGUGCCAGCGCUGGCUUGCCAGGGAUGAGGGCGACGGGGAGCUGGUGGUGGAGCUGUUGCCAGAGGACAGUGAAGACCUGGAAGAGAACACCUACGAGGUCCAUGUGUUCACAGGGAGUGUGUUGGGCGCUGGAACAGAUGCCAAUGUGUAUAUUAAUGUGUAUGGAGAAAUGGGAGACACAGGAGAGCGGCACCUGAAGAAGUCGAAUAACCUCAAUAAGUUUGAGAAAGGACAGGAAGAUAUAUUUACAAUCCCAGCUACUGAUCUGGGGCUGCUGAAGAAGCUGCGAAUUCGCCAUGACAACUCGCAAGCACAAGCUGCCUGGUUCCUAGACAGAGUGGAAAUUAUAGAUGGCAAAGAUGAUACUACGUACUAUUUCCCAUGUGAGCGGUGGUUAGCUACUGAUGAAGAUGAUGGGCAGAUAGCCCGAGAGCUGGUUCCUGUAGAUGAGGCAUUUAUGAAGAAGAACUCAGACAGUGACGAGCAGUCUCAGGCUACUCUCGGACUGGAGCAGAAAGCUCAAUCUACAACCUACACUGUGACAGUCAAAACUGGAGACAAGAAGUAUGCUGGAACAGAUUCUAAUGUGUUCAUUACCCUGUAUGGCGAUAAGGAUGACACAGGAAUUGUUAACCUCAAAGCUUCUAAGACUUACAAGAACAAGUUUGAGCGAGGGCAGAUCGAUGAGUUCACUGUGGAGGCUGUGGAUAUUGGGAUGCUGAAAAAGAUACGAAUCGGGCACGAUUGUCUUGGCAACUCGUCGGGCUGGUUUCUGGACUGGGUGGAGAUUGACGCUCCUUCACUGGGUCAAAAGCUGCGCUUCCCCUGCGGGCGCUGGCUGGACAAAGGAGAGGAUGACGGAGCGACUGAGAGGGAUCUCUUUCCUGCAAACCUGCAGACUCAGGAAUACAAUCCAUUUGUGCCUUACGAGAUCACCACAUACACUAGUGAUAUUUAUGGUGCCGGGACAGAUGCUGAUGUUUUCAUUGUCCUCUACGGGAGAGACAGCAUCUGCACUCAGCAGAAAUCACUGUGUGUCAACAAGAGAGAAAGGCGCAUGUACUUUGAGCGAGGCGCAGCUGAUAAGUUUAUUGUAGAGCUGGAGGAUGUUGGUGACGUUAUUGAAAAGAUCCGAAUCGGACACGACGGGAAGGGAAUCAACUCUGGCUGGCACUUAGACAGAGUGGAAAUCAGGAGACUUCUGCCUAAGGGAAAAGGAUCAGAGACAGCAAUCUUCCCCUGUGAACGCUGGCUGGCUAAAUCCGAAGAUGACGGGGAGAUUGUGCGGGAGUUGGUGCCAUCAGAAAUCAUCCAGGAGAAGCUGCUGCGGGACGGGACGCUGAAGCGCACGGAGAGCAUUGUGGAGGAUGCCCUGGAAACCCACACGUACACGGUGUCUGUGUACACUGGGGAUGUGUACAGCGCCGGCACUGAUGCCAAUGUUUUCCUCACCAUCUAUGGAGAUCUGGGAGACACUGGAGAGAGGAAACUCAGAAAGUCUGAAACCAACUCCAACAAGUUUGAAAGAGGACAGGUUGAUAAGUUUACAAUUGAAGCAGUGGAUCUGGGGCAGAUUUACAAGUUAAAUAUCCGCCAUGACAACACCAUGAUGAGUGCCGACUGGUACUUGGAUCAGGUGGAGAUUAUGGAUAUGGACACAGAGGAGACAUACUUAUUCCAGUGUGAGCGCUGGCUCUCCAAGAACAAGGAAGACAAGAAGAUUGAGAGGGUUCUUUAUGUUAAGGGCUAUGAUGGAGAACGGAUCAGCCUCAACAGCUCAAAAAAGAGUUUGAAAGACUCCUCUCUGAGCCUAAAGACUCUGGACAGCAACAUGAACAAGAAGAACAAGAGGAAGAGCAUCAUGGAUGAAACCAUAGAGGAGGGGGCCACGAUUUCUUAUCACAUCACCAUAUCGACGGGUUCAGAGCGGGAUUCUGGCACAACCAGUCGCGCGUACAUCCUCAUCAUGGGAUCCCACCAGGUUCAAACAGCCCGACUCUGGCUGGAUCUCCCAGAGGAUAAAACGGGCUUUGCCCCGGGAUCCAUGGAGAGAUUCCUGGUGGAGGGAGCAGAUGUGGGAGAGAUCAAGAAAAUUGAGCUAGGUCAUGAUGGGGCCACUCCAGAGAGCUGCUGGCUAGUGGAAGAGCUAGCCGUUGCCGUGCCGACCAAAGGUGUCAUGUACAUUUUCCAAUGCAAAUGCUGGCUUGCCAAAGACAGAGGGGAUGGUCUCACAGCUCGCAUUUUCAGUAUACUUGAUGCUGACAGCAUCAACAUUGGACAAAAGGUCCUUUAUGAGGUAACGGUUGUCACUGGAGACACUCAGAAUGCUGGGACUGAUGCCAACAUUUACAUGUCAGUAUUUGGAGCCAAUGGGACUACAGAGGAGAUCUUGCUCUGCAAAAAUGGAAACAGGUUUGAAAGAGGUCAAGAAGACACCUUUACUAUGGAGAUUGAUGACGUUGCUCCUCUGAGGAAGAUACGAAUACGCACAGAUGGAAAAGGAAGCCGUCCUGACUGGUUCUUGGAUAAGAUCAUUAUGCAGAAUAUGAACACCCAGGAGGUUUCUGUUUUCACCUACAAUGAGUGGCUCUCAAAGACACGAGGACCCAAGAGAACCACGAUGUGCGAGUUGGCAGCAGUGAUUGAUGAUGAGGAAAUGGUGCAGAAAACCACCUACACCAUCAUGGUAAAAACCAGCGACAUAUCAGGGGCUGGCACCGAUGCCAACGUCUAUGUUAUUGUGUUUGGAGAGAAUGGGGACACGGGCACAAUCCCACUGAAAGAAUGCAACAACACCAACAAGUUUGAGCGGAAACAAAUGGACGUGUUUAAGUUCCCAGAAAUGCUGAGUCUGGGAGAGCUCUCCAAGGUGAGAGUAUGGCAUGACAAUAAAGGUGUUUCAGCAGGCUGGCACUUGGAGUUCAUCGAAGUGAAGGAUGAAACGAUGGAUAAAACAUUCCGGUUCCAUGGCGAUCGUUGGCUAGCGAAGAAUGAAGACGACGGGCAGAUCAUACGGGAACUGCCCUGUGCAAAUAACGAUGUUCUGGACUUCACAGACAGAACUAAGUAUGAAAUUCUUACAGUAACAAGUGACAGGGAUGAUGCAGAUACAAAGGAAAAUGUUUGGAUUGUGUUGGAAGGGAAGAAGGGCAGAUCCAAAGAGUUCUUGCUGGAGAAUUCAACCAAGAAAAAGAAGUUCUUAAGGGGGGCUACUGACAAAUUUGAUUUUUCCUCGAAAAAUGUUGGUGAUAUUGCCAACAUCUGUCUUGGCCACUGUCCAAAAGAAGGAAAGAAAUUUACAUCGAAAAAUUAUGCAUACUGGCAUGUGGAAGAAAUAAUUAUCACAGAACAGGAGCUUGGAAACAAAUACAUUUUCCGGUGCAAAGCAAAAAUACCAUUGUCAGCCAAGAGGGAUGACUUCUUGAGUUUUGAGUGUGCCAAGGCAGUGGAGAGCUUUGCCAGCAAGGCCCGGAGCCUGGUUCCCGUCAAGUACGAGAUCAUCAUCAUUACAGGGGGCGAAAAGGGGGCCGGAACUGACGCCAAUGUCUUCAUUACUAUUUACGGCUCCAAUGGUGACUCAGGCAAGCGGGCGCUGAAGCAGAAGUUCCGGAACCUGUUUGAACGCGGACGCACUGACCACUUCAUAGUGGAGAUGCUGGACUUGGGGGAAAUCCACAAAGUCAAAGUUGAGCAUGACAACAGCAGCAUGAGUCCGGGAUGGUUAUUGGACAGGGUGGAGAUCACCAAUACUGCCACGGGUGUCACCACCCUUUUCCUUUGUGGCAAAUGGUUGGACAAGAAGAGAGCUGACGGACAGACCUGGAGAGUGCUGUACCUGAAAUAGUAAAAAAUUAAUUUAGUUUUUUUUUUUACAGUAGUUACAGCCGCUUAGCCCAUCUGAGCAGUAGACAAGAGCCUCUCCAUAUAAUUUGGCAAAACCCAUUCACUUACAAAUAUGUAUUUUUUUUACAUUUAGUUCAAAACAGGACCUCAUGAGAACAGAAAGAUGCUGGGAAGGUUGAGCAUGUAACAUUAUAUAUUUUUAUCCCAGCACACUCUUUAAAAAAUUUUUAUGUAGUACAAAAAUGCAUGUAAGAUGUUUCUAAAAUGCAAAACAAACAUGUCAUUGGAACAAAAGCUUUUGUGAUAAACAUACAAAAAACAGCCUAAAAUUGACAGCAUAAAGCACAGUUCUAUAAACUAAAUUUUUGAAAUAGCAACUUUUCCAGUAAGUCAAGUAACGAAUCAAGAGACACGUUUGUUUUUUCAAAUAAUGAGUGGACAACUUACAUGAAAGGGCUCAUUUUUAAAAACGUACUUACCUUUUUUUCCUUCAAAAUUCAUGGGCAAAACUAUGUGUAUAAUACAAACAACAUUUAUGGUAAAAGGCACUUUUUUGCUAACAAAAAGGUUUAUCUAGCCUUCUAUUUGCAUUAGUUUCUAUUUUUAUAAAGACAUUUUCACAUUUGGUUCCAAAUUAUUAUUAUUAUUAUUAUUUAUUUCUUAGCAGACGCCCUUAUCCAGGGCGACUUACAAUCGUAAGCAAAUACAUUUCAAGUAAAUACCAGGUGCCUUAUUUUGAUUAAGUCCAGUUUUAUAUAUUAACAAUACAUUACGCUUCAUUAAUGUUAAUGCAUUGAGCCAAUUCUUUUGAUAGAAUUUCAAGUAAAAAUCAUUAGAAAAGUUUUGAAAAAAAAACUCAAAAUAAAUUCCUUUACCUUAAAAUCAUGCAAACUAAUUUAAAUUCUGCCUUAAUAUAUCUCAAACAAUUUAUUACUUGUCUUUUGGGGUUUUUUUGUAGUGAUAUCACCAGGGAUUUGAAUUGCUGCAAUGCAAUAGCAUACUCUCCUACCUCAAAGAGCAUGACUGGAAUAACAGCAAUGGUAUUGUUGUAUGUACAUAUGCAAUCUUUAUUUAUUUAUUUUUAACACUGCACUUUAAUUACAGGACCUAAAACAUGAAACCCCCAAGAAGCUCACCUUUUAUAUAUCAAGGAAGACAUUUUUUAAUGAAUGUAUAUUUAAAGAACUCAGAAUUAUGUUGUAAUGUAAUAUUGCAUGUAUAUUUUAGGUUUUGUAAGUUAAAGAUGUAUUUUAUGAAACAAUGUGAUUGUUCCAGACUUGUUUGCUCGAGUCUAGUUUACAGGGGGGUGCAGCUAUUCUAUUAGGAGAAAUGACUCCAUGCACAGGUAUAUCUUGUCUUUCAAAUACUGAGUCAAAUAACAUGGAGCACAAAACAGCAAGUCCACAUAUGUUAACAUUGCUCUCCCCAGGAUUCUGCCAGAUACACUUUUACAUGAACUGCUCCAGCUAUAGGACAAUUUCGUACGUCCUUUGAUAUGUCUGUUGAUUUCUGUGUAACCAUAUUUCUACUCACUCAUUACCGCACACAUAGUGGCUUGGCCACUAUUUGCAUAGAGUAUCCUUUUAAAUAACACAGAAAUGGCAUUACUGAUGCACCCCCUACCUUUAUAGACAGUGCCACAGGAAUAUGAAUGCAAUCGGUUAAGCUGGUCUAGUCAACAAAAACACUACCGUAUGCAAUG